GGGUGUGUCAGGUUGUUAGAAUCACAGCUAAUAUCAACAUAGUUUAAGCUAUGAGUAAUGGCUAUCUGUGCGUGUGUGUAUGGAUUUUAAUAUUGUCUUUGCAAGUAAAGAAUUAAAUUGUUCAUCUUAAUAUCGUGAUUCAAAUUUCAAUUUUAUACGUGGCUGCGUGAAAUUUAAGUUGAAUUGAAUAGUUACAUUUUUUAUUAGUCCAAAGAGGAUGUAAUAUUCCGGAAAGUAAUAGAUCAUGACGUAAUUCAUGUCAGUUUCCAGGAUAUUUCAGAAGUAAACAGUGAAGAAACAUGAGAUCAGAAUCUGGAACAGACCAUCAUGGCUCCAUGCUGCUCACACAUGAUGAAAAUGAACAGAUAUAUCGUCUGUUGGGCAAUAGGUGUCAGACACUGGCCACAGGAGUUGUGCAGUUGUUUGUGACAGACCCACCCGAUCACUCAGCCUGGAGACGUAGUGACGCAGGCGUCUUGUGCUUAGUGAAGGACAAUCAGCGACGCUCGUAUUUCUUCCGUCUCUACUGCCUGACCAGGUGUCAGAUGGUGUGGGAACAUGAAUUAUACAAUAGUAUGGAUUACAAAUGUCCAAAGAUGUGGUUACACACGUUUGAAGGAGAGGAGUGUAUUGUGGCCUUCAAUUUUGCCAGCGAAGAUGAAGCGAGGUGCAUAAAGAUUGUUCUUAAUGAAAAGUUAGAAGCGAGGAAGCAACGCCGGCUUGAGCGACGAUCACGGUCUUCCAUGCAGCCAUCUCACAAAUCGGUGUCGUCAGGACACGGAGGAAAUUUGACUGGAAGUCACAUGGGCAGUUCCAGUCACCUGGCUAACGGUUCGUUGCUACCAUCUCCAAGGCAACAGCAUCGCACUAAAACAAGUGGCAAGAAGAAAGAUAAGGAUUCGAAACGUCGGCUUACGAAAGCAGAUAUUGGCUUACCAAAGGACUUCCGUCAUGUAUCACAUGUUGGCUGGGACCCAAACAAGGGCUUUGAUUUGGAUAAUGUUGAGGAUCCACAACUGAAGCUAUUUUUCGAUAAGGCUGGAGUGUCGGACAGUCAGCUUCAAGACCGUGAAACACGGGAGUUCAUAUAUGACUUCAUCAAUCGUCAUGGCGGACUUGAUGCUGUGAAAGAUGAGGUGGUUUACCCUCAGGCUCCACAGCCACCAGUGGGACCGCCUCCGGUGCCUGCGCGAUCUGCCCCUAUCAGCAAUUUCCAGUAUCAGGCUAGAUCUGUUUUGUUCAGCCUGUUAGGUCUUAUUUUAAAUAAAAAAAUGUACCCAGAUUUCCGUGAUUCGUUGUGGGUUUUAUCUUACGCUUUUGAUACCUUUUGGACCGGGAGCCACAUUCAGGUCACAGGUACUAUUUACACUCCAGAGUUACACAUUUUAAGCAUUAUUAAUAUACUCGUGUACUUUUUAGGAGGACCGCCGCCCCCUCCUCCUCCACCUCCCACGUCGACUCCCCCGCCUCUUGUGUCCGUGUCAGCAGCAGAUUCCAACGGGCAUUCGGCAUCAGGGGCAAAUGACCCUAGGUCAGCUCUGCUCGAGUCUAUUCGCAGUGGCAGGGCACUUAAGCACGUGGAUGUUGAUGGUAAACGAUCCUCGAGUGCCAGUGAUUCUCGUGGUGAAUUGUUGGACCAGAUUCGUCAAGGAAUUGAACUGAAAUCUGUUCAGCCCACGCCAAAACCUUCGAUGAACAGUGCCCCUGAGGACACCCUCGCAGGCGCGCUGGCAAGAGCCCUGGCCGAGCGUUCUCGGGCCAUUCACUCGGACACUAGCGGCAGCAGCGACGACGACGAUAAUGACGACGAAGACGAUGAGUGGGAAGACUAACAGAUUUUUGUAUGGUAUUGAAGGAAAUAUAUGUACAGCGGAACGUUUUCUGGAAUUCGAGGUCCCAGAAUUAAUACAGUAAACGAUUACCAGUGAACUGUCGCGAUAAAAGUCGACGCUGUUUUGAAAUUAUUUCUCUGCUCCCCUUUCUCUAAUUUGCAUAUUUGCGUAGUGGCAUUACUCUGCAAGAAAAGUGACUUGCAGCAUAAAUAUUACUUGUGUAGUUUAAGUGAUCAGGAGGGAGGAGUUUAGCGCGGCACGAACUGAUGCGACGCGUUUUUCAUAAGAAAAUUAUAAAAUAACAUGGCCUGUCUAUUUAAAAUAGUAAGGAAGUAAAUCUUUGUUACGAGCAUUGAUUCAAUAAAAGCAUUGCUACUUA